AUGUCACAGCCUACAAAGCGAGACGCCGACACUGCCUUCGAAGGCAAUCAUAUUGGCGACUCGCAGAAACCGAAGCGCCAAAGACGAAGAAGGAGCGGGAAAGUCGAGGUCACAGACACACCGUCACUAUUGAAUGCGACGGCUUCACCUGCGGCGCUGAAAACGACACCCUCUAAUGACUCUGAAAAUCCCACUUCCAAGAUCAAUGAUGAAAUCACUCCAGAGACUGCUUCUAGUGGCAGCAAACCGAAGAAGCAGACACCCACAAAGACUCCGACCAAGGGACCUCCCUCCAAGCACAACUCAGAAGGAUCGUCACAGAAGGUGAAGGCAGUUGAAGCUGCACUUAACAAGAGAAGAGACGGAAAACCAAAGGCUCUGGUCAAUACAAAUGAGCACAAGAAGGAGCCCAAACCACUGGAAUCAGAACCUGGCCAUAUACAGUCACAUCUGACAAGCACCGACGGUAAACAGUCCGAAAAGUCCGAGUCAAAAUCGAAAGUGUUGGUCAACGAACUAACUACUGACGGGAAAGCCAAGUCUAAGAGGCCAAGGAAACGAAAGGUCGCUUUACUGAAGGACAGAGAAACAAGCAUUGAGAAUCAAAAGGUGGAACAACUUGCCGGAGAAGACAGAUCAGACCAGAUCGUCAAGAAUAAGCAGAAAAGACAAUUGACAAAGCAAAAGUCCAAAGUGGUCGCGCAAUCAAAGACGCAAAAGUCGAACCUGAAAAGCAGCGGCUUCAGAUUAUCUUCCGGCAAUGGCGGCAUGUUUAUCGACCAAGAUCCAAUUUUAACCGCUGAUGACCAGUAUCUGAUCCUGCCAACACACUCUGAAAUUCGAGUGUAUUCGACCAAGACAUCCUUGCUGGUUAGAAGCUUCCAAGUUGACAACAGAUCCGAUAUCACCAGCUGCUCUCUAUCGAAGGUUGAUCCGAAGAAGUUGUACGUCUCCACUUCGAAAGGGUUGGUGUCUUUGUGGGAUUGGACGACAGCCGCCGCAAUAGGAAAGUACGAUACGGGGAAUGGACUGCGGCAAGUACUUCCACUUUCUCAACAAGAAGAGAAGGAGACGAUUCUUGUCUUGAAAGACGAUGUGCAAGGCCCUAAGCGCCUUGCCGCUUACUCCGUCAACACCUUUCAUGGCACCUUCACAGAAUCCAAAACUGUGCUGCAGAGGACCAACCUAUCACCAUGCAUCAGAUCUUGCGCAGAUGGAAACGUGCUAUUGGCAUGUGUGGAGGACCAACUCUUAAUCGGUCAUUGUCAAGCUACAACAGAAGGUCAUUCGGAUCUCAGCUACACGUGGAGGGAAAUCACCUUGCCAGGAUUCAUAACGAGCUUUGACGCUCAGGUCAACGAAGGCAAAUCUAAGACGUCACGAAAAGUUCCCUUCCUCGAUGUUGUGGUUGGUCUCAACGAUGGGGUCAUUAUGCUCUAUGAGGAUAUACUCUUCAAACUGAUUGGAAAAGAGAAAAAGAACAAAGCUUCGACAGAUGACAUUGUUGGCCGCAGACUCCAUUGGCAUCGAACGGCCGUCAACACUGUGAAAUGGUCUCGAGAUCGAAACUAUAUUGUCUCUGGUGGCAAUGAGACGGUCCUCGUUAUCUGGCAACUGGACUCGAACCAGAGGCAGUACUUGCCUCAUCUUUCAACACCAAUCUUGAAUCUCAGCGUCUCAGCCGUAGGGUCUUCCUAUGCUCUACGCCUUGGUGACAAUUCUGUGAUGAUUCUAUCCACGGCCGACCUGCUACCAUCAACGAAUGUAUGCGGCUUGGCUUUGGGGUCAACUCAGAAGAACUCGAGCCUAAUUGUCCUUCACCCAAAUAUUCAAGGUCGACUAUUGGCAGCAGUGCCUUCUGAUGCGGCUGCAACAGGUCCAUUUCAUGGGCGAUAUGCUACACUGCUACAAGUCUACGAUGUCGAAACAAACGUUCAGGCCGGUCGUCAAGCGCUAACUCGAAACAUGGUCACCGCGUCCAAUGCUGCGCCGACUGGACAGCCAGUGAAGGAACCCACUGUCACGCAUAUCACCAUCAGCCACGAUGGCAGAUGGUUGGCCUCAGUGGAUGAAUGGCAACCCAAUGCACAAGAUCUGGACAGUAUGUACAUCCGUGCCGAUAGACCGGAUCUUCGGCACCAAUCGACCGAAACUAGUCUGAGACUAUGGUUGUGGAAUGAAGAGAACAACAACUUCGAACAGGUGACCAGGGUCGAUGAGCCUCAUACAGCGGGCACAAACUCUGUUCUCGGUAUGUCGUUCGACCCCACGAAAGUAGAACUGGCCACGAUUGGCAGCGAUGCAACCGUUCGCAUCUGGUCGCCCAAGGCGCGUCACCGGAAUGGAGUUUCGGUCAGGAACAAGGCCAACGAGCAGCUUUACACGUGGAGCUGUUCAAGGACGAUCCGAUGCGAUCAUGACACGCCCCUCGGGCCCGAAGGCAUCGAAACAAGAGCAACAUCGGCAGCCCUUGCCUAUUCGGACGACGGCUCAGUAGUGGCCGCUGCUUGGUUCUGGCCUGAGACCCGGUCCAAGUUGUCGCUGGAACCUCCUGGAGCCACGGUCAAACAUUCUCGAACUCGCUUCGUGCAUCUCAUCGAUCCAAGCACAGGCAGAAUCGCUUUCUCCGAGCCCUCUCUUCUAUCUAGGACUAGCAGUGCAGCAAAACUCCUUUUUCAUUCGCGCUAUCUCAUAUGUCUCUCACAGACUCUUACGAUUCUAGACACGAUUACGAAUCGAUUGGUCUCGUCGCCCCUCCAGCUUGACGAACAAUACGUUCCACCAAGAAGCUGGAGCCCGUUUUACCUUGCGAAGAAUAAAUUCGACGGCACGAUUGCACUGUGUAUUUCGCGCUCUGAAAAGCCGAGGGGGACCAAAUUAGUGCUGUUAGGUUUGUCCGGUGACAGCUCAGGUGGCCCAGGUGUGCAAGUGAAGGUUUUGUAUGAAAGUUCUUUCACGGCAAUGGUCAAGGGACUGCUUGCCCUGACCACGGGACCGGGAUACUUGGUUAUUGAUGAGAGAAAUCAGUACCGAUUUGUUCGGCCAAGUACCGGGGUAUUCACAAAGUCAGUUGGUGGAGGCAAGGAAACCGAGCAAGUCACCAGGAGUCUGGACAGUAUUUUCGGUCGCCAGGGUCUAUUGGGACCAUCAGCCUCUGCCAUGCAUGGGGAACUGCCGGCUCUGCCUCCCAGCACUGCAGAUGAGCAUGUUGGCGCCAGGGGCGGGCUUGAUGCAGUGCUGAGGUUCCCUUCAUCGGCACAAGUACCUACGCCGACAGAGUUGUUUCAGAGAGUUGUGGGCGUCUUGGCCCAAGGAGGGGAGACCGAGGUGGAAUAA